CAACAUAAGCACCUUUUCACAUCCCGAGGCGCUCACAGAAAAUCUCUAUCCUCUUGCGCGAGGACCGAAAUACACACAACUCAUCCCCAGCGCCAACACAACACACACACACACCACCAUCACCAUGUCGAGGUCCUUCUACGUCGACUCUUUGAUCAUCAAGGAUACCGUGCGCCCCGCACCGGUGGAGCAUCCGGUGCGAGACUUCCUCAUCCCCGUCAGCAUGCAUUCCACGAGCAUGCUGGGUGUCAGCGCGCCCGUCUGCCCGUCUAGGAAGAGUGGGACCUUCUGCGUGUGUCCCAUGUGCGUCACGUCCCACAUCCACUCAUCACGCAGCAGCAUCCCCGGUCUUAAAAGUCAGUUUCCCGGCGCGGAGGCACAGUACUGCCACAGGAUUGGCCACCAUCCGUCCUCCGCUCUUACGCACCCGGGACAGACACCUGUCUGCACUCCCACCUACAGCGUCACAGAUCCCCGGAGGUACCACUGCCUCUCCAUAGCCGCGUCCGAGAGCAGCCACAUCCAGAACGGCAAGAGGAUGCGCACGGCGUUCACGAGCACGCAGCUUCUGGAGCUGGAGCGCGAGUUUUCUACCAACAUGUAUCUCUCGAGACUGCGCAGAAUCGAGAUCGCCACCUAUUUGAGCUUGUCGGAGAAGCAGGUGAAGAUCUGGUUCCAGAACCGCAGGGUGAAGCACAAGAAGGAAGGCAAGGGCACCCAGAGGGGUGUCCACGGGGGCUGCAAGUGCGCCAGCAGCACCACCCACACAGACUACCCGAGGUCGGAGGACGAGGGGUCCCUGUCCCCGGCCUCCACCUCGGAGGAGAAGGAGGAGGUGUCCCCGAUCUGAUAGCCGGGAUAGAUUCAAUCUUGGCAGCACUUAGUGACUAUUCCCCCCGUGUAUCCUCCUUGGAGCGUUAUAAAGAAAAAAAAACUCUGCGUCCACCCCAUCUCCGCGCCUCAUGAACUUGCUGCGUUAAGUAAAAUAAAGAGUACAACUAUUUGUAGUUGUACGAGUUGUGUACACGUUUCCCGUGGCCCUACUGUACACCAGUGCACUGUUUAUCCGUUUGAAAUGUAUCACGUGUGUAUAUUAAAUACCCAAGAUGAAGUACCUGCCUGCCUGCCUGCCCACCUGCCGUGUUUUAAACCUUGACUGGAGACACACCUGAGCUGUAUCGCGAGAUCUGCCCGAGCAUCCCACUGGCAAAUGUGAGAUAAUAACGGAAUCCCACGCGCGUCAUCAGUGAGGUUGUGUGGUGCAAUGCAACCCGUGGUAAUAGAAUAGCCCUUUUGUGAAUUUGUAAAAUAUGUAUAUUUAUUUAAAUAAAAACUUGUGUGCUCAUACCUUUA